AUGAACUCAGCGCUUUGGUCGUCCACGGCCAGCGUACUCCCGUCCUCCGUCCAGGCCGUGUAUGCACAUGCGCAGCGCUUUAUGUGCACGCUGUGUACAUACACGGCAUCAAGCUUUGCCUCGCUCAAGCGCCACCGGGACUCAAGGCACUGCCGCAUCGCCUUUCUUGACCGCUUCUCGGCAGGUUGUGCGUGCGGCACGCCUUUCGUGUCGAGGCUGGCUGCAGCUAACCACGCUCGCGCGUUUGCCAGCCUCCGCGACACUUCGGCUGCGACUGCAUCAGCAGCAGGGGAUCUCAGCCCCACUGCUGGUGCAGUCAAUGCCACCGCUACGGUGACCGACACAAAUCCCUGCUGCCCCGCCAAGACCCUUCGGUGCUCUCUGUGUCCCCUCCGCAGUCGAGCACCACGCCUGACAGGUCAAGAUGGAGCCCGCCGCUCCCAAGGGAGCUGGUCGCUUCUCGCGUUGCGUCUCACCUCGGCGAUGUCCCCGCCCCUCGCUGAGCUAACGGAGGAGGAGGAAACCAAGGCUGGUGACGGCGACGACAAGAACGUCACCGAAGACCCCGACAUGGAUGGCACGUGGCUGCUGCACUUUGACGGUGCCUGCCGCAAGAACCCUGGCCCAGGAGGCGCCGGCGCUGCGUUGUUCAAGCCCAGCGGCCCCGCAGUGUGGACUUGCUCCCACUACAUGCCAAACAGCAGCGAAACAAACAACACGGCCGACACGCUUGUAAUCCAGCAGGUGCGUGGCAUCUUCGCCACACGCAACAAGAGGCUGAGGCAACUGCGCAUCGCGGUCAAGACAGAGCUGGCACGGAUAGAGCGGGCCACGCUCCAUCCCAUCGACAGGCAGGCGAAUGGUCAUACCGACCGACUUGCCAACGCCGCUCUUGACUGCCGCCGUACCGAGGUGGAGUGUGGGAUGCACAACGAUGGCCAGGGAUGCACCCCCACCUCUACGACGGCCCCUGUAUCCGCAGCUGCACCUCCGCCUGCCACCCGCAUGUCGCGGUGGGCACUGAUGAUCCCCCGAGCCCCGCCGAUGAUGAUGGCAUGGGGGACAACGAUGAUGGCGAGGUAUGAGGACAAGCAAGAGGCUGCGGGCGAGUUGGUGCAGCGACUGGAUGCAAAGCUAGCUGCCAAGAUCACGGACGCUGAUGACUGGGAGGAGGCAGAAGGCUGCAUCACAGCCCUCACUUAUGCUCUGUACGAUCGACUGCAGCAGCACCAGCAAGACCUGCGUCCUGACAGACGACAGGAGCCACAUUAA